UUUGCCGGCACACUUGGUGCGAACGUAGCUUCGAAAGAUUUCUGUUUUGAUGAAACAUGGUAAAAGAAAAAGGGAAAAAAUUAAAAUAAAAUAUGAACAACUAACCAAUUCAAAAUGUAGGGGAAAAACUGAUCAAUAGUAAAUAGGAGAACAAUUUCUGUAUUGGAACUUAAGGGAAAUUAGAUUAACGUGUGCUGCGAUACAUACAUGGAAAUACGACAUUUAACUCGAGAAUCGAUUUACUUUGGUUGUUUAAAUCGUUCCUCUCAAAGUAGAACAAUAUAGCUAUUGCGAUGUCCACAAAAAGUAUGUCUGAUAUCAAGGUGCUGAAAGAGCAAGCAAAAAGGGAAAGAAAGAACAAAGCACUUGCACAUGUUAAAUUAACAUCUUGCAAGGUUUCUGAUGAUUUUCAAUUUAAUCUUGAACGAAGAAAGAAACCAGAUGAUAACAUCCUUUACAAAUCAGUUCAGCAUGUUCUGGGGGACUUUGAUGUUUUUGCAAAAGCCAUACAUGUCAAAGACACUCAUCUAUACCUUGGAUUGGACAACACAGUUCCAGGAACCCCUGAAGUUAAAGAUGUUGAAUUUGACAUGCCUCUUGUUAAAUCGAUGAAUGGGACCAGCCAUGCUGCUCAAAUACAAAAGAUUGUAAACAAUAUAAAAAGUAAUGGGAGAACUGUCGAAUUCAAAGAACCACAAAGCAAAUUACACACAAAGAAAAAUCUGAAGAAACCACCAAAUUUGAUAGUGCACACAAGGAACACUGAAAUAAAAACACCAUCUAAUAUUGAAAGUAUUUUAAAAGAGAUGACUCAAGGCCUUGCACCUCCAUUGACAGACAUUGAAACACCAGUCAAGGCUUCCAGUGAUGCGAGUAGCUUUGUUUUUCCAAAAAAAACUAAACAGACCCCAGUGAAGAAAGAAGCUGGUGUCACUCAGUGUACUCACUCAGUGUCAUCAAAGGUAGAUAUUCACAGAAGAGACAAAGUAUUAGAAUUACCCAAGGUUCUGUCUAACAAGGAUGGUUCACAACAUGAUCAAAAUGUGCACAUCAAGUCUGAAAAGAGCCAAUCUCCAGAACGUAAGCUAUCAUCUUCAUCUACAUCCUCUAGCUCAGAUAGUAGUGGUUCAGAAAGUUCAACUUCAUCAGAUACGGAAGAUGAAAAGCCCCCAAAUAAAGUGAAUGACUUGAAGAAACCUAUCAAUAAAAACACUUUAAACUCCUCUCCAAAGCUUUUUAACAAUAAUUACCUCACACAAGGAAAUAAUUUGAAUACUAAGCAACACAAUUCAACUCAAAAUAACAACUCAAAGACAAUUCCAGACACCCCUCUAUGUUUAACUAAACUUGAUAACAAAGACACUGAAGCUUUAACACAUAGUCCUUUAAGAGUAACUGAAUUGUGGGGUAUCGACGAGAAGCCAAUCAUUUCUUUGGAUAAUGGUGAUGAUUUGUUUAGUGAUAUAAAUUUAAAUUUCCCGGGGCCUAUUGAUGAGGAUAUUAUGCAAGAGACAAAACCUGCAAAGGAUAUUUUAAGUGUUAGUGAUGUGCCAAUAAACGACAAUCAAAAUGACCUAUCAGAUAUACUGACUGACCAUGUGUUUGAUAAUGAUUAUAAUAGUCAAACAGCUUCAACCCCUUGUUUGCCGAAGAAGGGUCCAAGAGUAUUGUAUAGAAAAGACAGUGAUCGUACAGGUGAAAAAACUAAAUCGUCAACUAAAAGUACAGAAAAAGAAGACAAGUCUUUUCCAUCUGUAAAAAUAAAUUCGGGCUCUAUGGGUCAUAGCUGCCUUACUAAAGCUCAGUUAAAGAUGCCAGUUCGUAAGAAGUCUUUGUCUGAGUCUAGUAGCACAAGCAAUGAUGAGCUAAGGAUGAAAGUAAAGGAAUCACAAAGGUCUAAAAAAACUAAUAACACUGAGAAGGUAACUAAUACAGAAAAACAUACCAAAGAAGCAAAACCUAAAGUUGUUAACCUACCUAAUAGUUUUGAACAUCUAAAAACACCAUGUAUAUAUUCUAAAAAAAGUGAACAGUUGAUCGAUAGCUCUAAUUCUAUUUCCAAGGUAGUAAAACCUAAAGAUCAUUUAUCUACUGAAGUAACUUUAAAUGGUAUAAAGGUAGAAUUGGAAGAUAAUAACCAGACUGACCCAACAGAAGUCCCCUGGGACAUGAGUAAAUCCAGCAGCAAUAGCAUGCCGUUUGUUGCUGAAGUCUUAAAUGUGCUGACAGAUACGCAUAAAAUAAAUAAAGUUUUAAACCAUAAUACCAUAGGGACUGAUUCUUUGCAUGUUAAUCAGGCAGUACCUGAAAAAACUCUUUCUGCAAAUAGUGAGUUACCUAAUGAAUCUUUUUCGAAGUAUGAUAACAGUAUAUUUAGUAACACAUUGAAUAUAAUCAGCCCAAUGAAUUCGCCAGUCAAAGAUAUGGUUGAGAAACCUGUAUCGGUAGGUACGGAAGAGCCAUUGGAUGUAAAACCAUCUGAUAACCUUCCUCACUUAACAGAAGAGGAUUUAAAACACUUAGAUACCCAAUCUUACUCACCCCCACCAUUUAAUUCUCAAGAGGACAAAAAGAGUCCUUCAAUAACUACAGUACAUGCAAUACCCGCCAAACAUGAAGACAUAGAGGAAGCUAUUGUUGUCCCUGUCUUGAUUUCACCUAAGAAAGAAGACAGCUUUUUAGAUGUGCCAGACGAGCGAAAUGUUGUUCCAAUGGAUAUUGAAUCAGAUGAAGGGGAAAAUAUUUUGGCUUUUCCUCAAGAAAUUGACAUGAACCCAUUACAACAAGAUCGCGUACAGGAAUCGAUUCAAAGCACCUUCACCCUGCAGAAACAAAAAGAAUUGACUGAAAAACCACACGUGGUGCAUCAGGACUUAACGUUGCAGGAGAAGAAUUUGCAAAAUUGUUCACGUGAAGCACUAGAAAUUGUAAAAACAUUGAGUGUGGACCCAACUGUGUUUACACAAAUCAAAUCCCAAGUUAAAGAAAAUAUACCAAGAUUGUAUAAUGCAUCUGAUAAAUUACCUACACUUGACUCUGAAACAGAAAAUCCUUGCUUAAAAAUAAAAAUACCUUUGCAUUUAAUAAAACUUAAAGACUCGACUAUAAGCAAUUACAAAAAUAGGACUUCCAAACCACUGCCUACUCGCAGGAAAAGUAUAGCACUAGAAAAUCGUGUGUCACCUAAUUUAGAAGAUGAAGACGUUGAUGUUGAGCGCAUAGAUUCACCGUUAAAACGGAAACGAAAACUAAGUGAAAAAGAUAGUUCUAGUAGUGAAGAUGAAGACGAGACUGUAAAAUCAGCUUUAGAUUCAAAUCAUACUGCUUCUGAUCUGUUUAAACCACCGAAUGGUAUUACUACUGGAAAGUUACUUGUGCGUAUCAACUUGUCCAAGCUGAAAAGACGACCUGUUAAGAAGGAUUUGAAGCCUGGUAGAGGAAGACCGAAAAAAUUUAAGCCAGUCACUGAAGUAACAACAGAUGAAUUAAAAAAAGAAGCUGAUAGUCCAAGUCGUGUCGAAAUGGAUACCAAUGCGACUUUGAACACAACUACACAAUCUGUUACUAUCAAGCAGGAACACCAUAACGACGAUGUUGUUUUAGCGCAUGACCUAAAUAAUUCAGUCAGUUCAAAUAAGCACGAAAAGAAAAAACGUGGCCGUCCGUCCAAAAAUAAAGAAUCAGAAGUUAAGGACAAUAACGUUUGUUGUGAGUGUGGCACGUUGCAAAAGGACCAAGAACGCGAUGCUAAGAAGUUAGCAAUGUACAAGAGGAGUUAUGGAAAUUAUUUAAUAGAAGGGCGACGCCUAAAGCAUAAAUCAGACUGUUUGAAAGAUCAUAUAGAAAGAGCUCACACUUAUAUAGAAGCAGUGUUGAAUUACGUUCAAUAUCUCAUUGGAUUAGAAUUUUCUGGGAAGUUAGCCUCCAAACAAGGCGCUGACGAAUUUAUAAAGAUAACCACAGAUAGCAUUCGAGUCGUCGAUCAUGUUGUAAAUAGAUGCGGACGACAAGUAAACCCGAAGACAAAUACUUACGAUCGAAGAUUUCUGUUUAUAUGUUUACGUCUUCAAAGCAUAUUAUACCUUAAACUCUUCAACAUCAAAAAAGAAUCUACUAUAAAAUAUAGCAAGGUUCUAUCAGAAUAUUACAAGCAAUACAAACCUGUGGCCAACGCUGGACCUUCGCCAUAUCAUAAACCUGCACAUAACCGAGGAAGUACUGGUACCCCCUCACCUUCUUCACCGAGUCCUGGUCCAUCUCCUGGUGGUAGCAUUGCAUCUGUCGGUAGCGCUGGUAGCAACGGCAGUGCUGGAAGCAACGAAAAAACUACCAAUGGAGUUGGGACCUUCGUUACCAUUCCAUCAGAUAUGCACGAGAACGCUUUUCAAUAUAUGCAAUACACGAAAUAUUUACUACACGGUCAUCGUCUAUGGGAUGACUCGGAACCACUAACUUUACAUUGUCAAGCAUUUCUGACCAAAUUAUCACGCACUGCUGGUAUACUUUCUAUGCAAAGCUCAAUGCUGCAUAUAGUUGAUUAUGUAAAAGUUGGCUUGCAACUGAUCAGAGAGUCACCUCAUUCGUGACGUCACUGAACGGCGAUGUAGUGAUCCCAAUACUCGCUAUAAAUCGUCUGUUUCCUUAUGCAACGUUCUGGUUCAUUGUUGUAUUAAAUAAUAAACUCAAGAAUCCCCAAAUCGUUCAAAGCAAAGUGAGCUUUUUUUACCAAAUGUUUAUCUAAAUCCUUGUUGAAUAAUAGAAGAAAUAAUGCGCAUAAUCAUGGGAUGCCAAUGCGUGUAUCAUUGAAAAAAAUUAUUUAUAUAUAUAUAUACAUAUAAUAUUAUUACAGACUGAUAAACUAGAAGCGAAAAAUAGCUCUAUUUCGGUAUUAUUUGGAGUUCAUCUCCCCUGCAUUCGUAUAUAAAAUAAAAACAUUUUAAUUGUUUUACCGGUGCCACCAUCUUGUAUAGAUUAUUUGUAUAUUUCAGCUUUAAUAUCCAUUACUAAUAUUAUCAAUGUCCGUUCGUGUUCUGUGAAAAAUUUCCUCUGUUAAUAUUUAUACUUUUUAACAUGGACUAAAAUUAUCAACAAAAUAAAUAUUUUUAGUCGGCCUUUUUUUAUACAGUAGUCAAAUUUUAUUCCAGUAUGGUUUAUUUUUCCAACUCGAUUUUUGAAUAUUAUUACGAAAAGUGGACGUCCUAAGAAAUCCACAUUCCCAGUGAGGAAAUAUUUUUUCGUGAUUAAGGUGUUGAAAUUUUGUUAGAGAUUUUUUUUAUCUCAAAGAAUCCCAAAAACGUAUUUAUAAUCUUUUUAAUAAUUAUUUUAAUGUUGAGAAGAAGAAAAUGACGUUGUGUUGUUUAGUUUUAUUUUGAACAUAGAUGACUUGUUGAACGUUUGCGUUUUUUAAAUUCUGCGUACACAGGAAUUAAAACGCUUUCCUUGAAUUAAAAAGUGUUCGAAAGUUUUUUCAUGUAAAUAAUUGCAUUUAGUAGCCGAAAGUGUUCGAGUGAUUUGUCUUUCUUUAAAAAACGCGGUCUUUUUCUGUGUCUUACAUCAAAUAAAAGGUGCCCAAAUAUAAUGUUUCUUUUUUUUUCGCGUGUAGCUAGGUCGUUUACCUAUUUACUGUGCGUUUUAGGUUGGACUGUUGAUUUCUUUAUUUUUUUGUACUUUCCAAUAACGUAAAUAAAUUGCAAAUAAAAUCGUUCUUACAA